CUAAUUCCUAUAGGUAAGCGAAUAUAUUCUACCUCUCUAACUAAAAAGACGAUUAGUUUCGUCCUCUUAAAUCGCGUCUAUCGAAUAGUAAUCGUAUCUAACUAUAUAAAACCUAUUUAUCGGGUAAGUUCUUACGCCGUAAUACUAGCCGCGUUAGAAGGUUAUAUAAAAGGUAAGGGAUACUACACUAAAUCGCUAGGUAAUUUAAUGAUGAGCGAAGACCCUACUAAUUCAUCUUAGCCUAAAUUUUUAAUUAAUCUCGACCUUGCGAUAGGGACAUAGCGAGAAGAAUCUUUAGGAGCGCGUGGCAAGACGGGAAUAAGAGCAUUUAUAGCCAUCGGGGUACUUUUAGGUGAGAAGUACUCGGCUAUAUAUAAUUACGAAUCGUUCUUUUAG